CUUGGAAUGCAAUUAAUCCCCACUUUCACAAUAUAAAAUUUGAGACCUGAUAUUCUGAAUCCGAAGUCCAGCUGUAGUGUCUUAUUGACAUUGACUGGAUGAUAAGUUGAUAUGUCGGGAUAACUGUAGAUAAACUUUUACCUAUAGCUAUCACUCGACCCUACACCCAAGUCUACGUUGUGUCUGCAUAUUUACUGACCUGGACUAGUUGCUGUACAGAGUUACAUAAAUCUGACAGAUUGAAGCUGAAUCGGUCCCUUCACUGAGGCAACAAUGGACUUUGGACCUGACAGCAUCCCGGACCCAAACCUGUUCUACACAACAGAUGAGGAGAAGACAUUUCAGCAUGAGGAAUCUCUACCAUCACUACCGAUGCCAGAUUUACAGAAAACCCUCAACAGAUACCUGGACUCAAUAAAGCCGCAUGUGACUGCAGACGAGUACCGUCAGACAGAGUUCCUGGUCCAACAGUUUGGGUGUGGGAUUGGAAAGGAACUAAAUGAGAAGCUAAAGAAAAAGGCACAAAAUAUGAGGAACUGGCUGGAGGUAUGGUGGGAGGACUUUGCAUACCUGGAGGGGCGGUACCCAGAGGCACCCUUUGUGAACUUUGGAGGUCCCGGCCCCUACAUGCACCACUACAUGCCACCGAAAGAUGGGACACAAGUAGAGCGUGGAUCUCUCAUCACCCACUAUGCAUUACAGUACUGGAAACUCAUCAGAGAGGAGCGUCUGAAACCUGACAAGGACCGUAAUGGUAGCCAUUUGUCCAUGAGCCAGUUCCAUCGUGCCUUCAACACUUGUAAAAUACCAGGAGUGAAGAAAGAUAAAAUCCUCUAUUACUUCAAAACAGUGUCAGAAGGUGACACCCCAAUCCACAUGGUCGUGUUUUGUCGUGGACGCAUAUUUACUUUUGACUGCAUUGACGAGCAUGGUGAACCCCUCACAGCACCAGAGCUGAAAAUUCAGUUUCAGAGGAUUAGAGACGAGUGUGACAGUCAGCCUGAGGGACCAGGGAUUGGCCAGCUUACAGCGGACGAGCGGACAUCCUGGGCACAUAUGAGAAGUCGUUUGCUUGCUCUCCAUCCAGACAACCAUAAAAACUUGGAGCUGAUCCAGAGCAGCUUGAUGGCUGUAGCACUUGAUGAUAACAGUCCCACAGAUGAGUCCAAUGUGUUCGAGAUGUCCCUAGCUGGUGACCCUCAGAAUCGCUGGUUUGAUAAAUCUUCAAUCCUCAUCUACUAUAAAAACGGACUCGCAGGAUCCAAUUGUGAUCAUUCCCCGAUGGAUGCCAUGAUUGUUGUCUCCAGUACCUUUUACAUUGAUCUCAAUGUGAAGCGAUGUAAAGGAAAGUGGCCGGGCUCAGUGGAAGUUCGUGAUCUUGCAAAGCCUCAAGAGUUGGUAUUUCACAUUGAUGAUGUCAUCAGAGAGGGCAUCGCAAAGGCCAGACAGAUGUUCCUGACCUAUGGAUCCAAUUUACGCUGUUGCACAAAACAUUUCAUGGGUUAUGGCAGAAAGUAUCUCCGAUCUAAACACCUCCAUCCAGACACCCAUGUCCAGCUUGCUAUGCAGUACACCUACUACAAGAUGCAUAAAAAGGCAGCACCUACAUACGAGACAGCUACUACACGUAGAUUCUACAGAUCUCGUACAGAGACGUUACGAUCGUGUACAGUAGAACUUGUUGAUUGGUGUAAGGCAAUGGUCGAUCCCAAUGCGACGAAUGAGCAAAAGGUCAGACUGUACAUGCGUGCGGCAGACAAACACAACAAGCUGAUGUCUGAGGCUACCCAACUACAAGGGUGUGACCGCCAUCUUCUAGGCCUGAUGUUGAUUGCCCGGGAGGAGGGAUUGCCCACCCCUCAGCUGUAUGAAGACAUCUCAUACAAAAAAAGUGGAGGUGGAGGUAACUUUGUCCUGUCCACUAGUUUCGUCGGCUACACGACCUGUUAUGGGGCUGUUGCUCCGAUGCUACAGGAUGGCUAUGGAACAUUCUACAGAGUGGAGGCAGACAAAAUUGUACCUGUGGUAACAUCAUGGCAGGUCAGUGAAGAGACAGAUGCUGACAAGUUUGCCACUGGCAUGAUGGAUGCACUGAAAGAGCUGGGCGACCUUCUGGAUACAGUGUCAGCAAACACUGCCAAACUGUGACAUGUAUUCUGGAGACAGUGGUGGUGUGUGUCUACAUUUUAUGUAAUUGCUCCUAUGGAAAAGAAAACAUUUAGAACAAUGCAAAAAUGUCUCCUAUAUACAUAGUGUAUCUAAAGUGACUCAUGAUAAAACAGAAUUAAAAGCAGUCUAUAAUGUGAUAUUGAAAUUGGAAUAAAAAAUAUGUUGAAUUGUGUUGCCCCAAAAAUAUGAAUUAUGUAAGAAAUGGCACAAAUCCACAAUGGUUAAACAGUGUGGUAUAUCUGUGAUAUCAAAAAAAUAUGAGGGAGAAAAUAUCAAAGGAAAAAAGACUGAUAAUCAAAGAUUCUGUCAAGGCCAUGAGGAAAGUUUCUAGAAAAGUUAUUUAUGUUAAUAUAUAUGUCUUAAGUAAAAGUUUGAUGUCAUCAAAUGGCUGUGGAUGAAUCAAUGACUCUUUAUUAAGUAUUAUUGAUGAAGAAAGUCUUAUCAACUAAUAAUACUACUAUGAGAGAGAGGUAACACCUAUUUUAAAGAUUUAAUAAGUUGUAGUUAUCCUUUGCGUAGAUGCCAGAAGAAAAGCAUGGCAUCAAACAAAGACAAUAAUAAGAGCAAGGAGAUGAUGGGCUGGCUUGGUUGUUACGACAUACCACCUCCCUGAACGAAUGAUGGUAAUUCUAGUUGGCAUGAAUGGAAGCAAUAUGUUAAUAUGGCUAAAACUAACCCACCUGAUUUUAGAGUCAUUCGUUAAAUGUAAGUGCCCUUGGCUUAUUGUAGGACUAGUACAGUAUUUAAACUGUGGAAGGACACAGCAGAGAAAAUUCCAAGUCACAUUACAGGUUGUCCUGUAAUGAAUAUAGAGCACUUCACAUUGACAACAAAAUUACCUCAGUUCAGGCUCAGAUAACUUAUACUGCUGUAUCACUAUAUAGUCUUUUAUAGCAGUUGUUUCUGCAUUCAUUGUGGAGAAUUGUCAUUCUUACCCAGAUUUUAAAGCGAGUGAUUGCCUUAUAACCAGAUGAAGUUGUGUUUAUAUUAUAUACUAGUGGAUAGCAGGUUAAUACAUAUAUGUAAUGACAUAGGUAAUUUUUAAUCAAGUUCUCUUAUAUCUACCAAGGACCAAGUUAGAGAAAAACAUGCUAAUAUUGUAGUGAAUGAUUUUUUAUACAGAAGCUAAUGUAUGCAUGUUACACUAUUUUUUCUGACUCACAGCUAUAAGUUUAGAAGUAUAUAGGACAUAAUAGCCUCUAGAUUUACAUUUUCUAUGAUAUAUAUAUGAGCAAGUUCAUUGAUCACUUCUAAAUGAAGACAAUGUACAAAUAACUACAUGUAUGCAUUACAUGUAAACAUAAGGAACUUGAUUCAAUUAAGCUUCUGGGCCAUAAUCUCAUGUGCCAUUUUUGUUUAUCGUAGUCCUAAUGGCUGGAUUAGAAUUGUUUGUUUAUGAAAUGAGGACAGACCUGGUGAUUUUAUUUAGUAUUUGGAUGAGCUUUGAUAAAGACUUUCAAGAGCUAUUAACAUCUGCAGGGCCAUCAAGAUAUAUCUCAGAAAUAGUACAGUGAAAAUUAGAUAAACGAGUCUGAUUAUAAGACAUUUUCUGUGAUACCAAUUACAUUUGUACAUGUAUAAAACAAAGUGACCAUAGGAAAUCUAUCAAGAGAGAACUUGAACAUCUAUUCUUUCUUCUUAGGAGAAUUUGUCAGAAAAGUGAGUCAAUAUUUUAUUGGCUUGCAUUAUCUCCCUUUGUAAGGCUGAACCUACCGGUGAGUGAAGUGAGAGUAUACAUUAUGUACCUGAUGGCAGCCUCUAUCUUAAAAAAUCAACUUCUCCUCAGAUAUGUCGUUAGCUUAUUGUGUUGUUAAGUAUUUUGUUAUGUUCGUUGAUGAUUUUUUUUUUUUUUAAUUUCUUAAUUCAAUUUAGAUAAAUUGUGUACAUGUAUAUGUUGAAUACCACAAAUAACUUCAAUAUCAUAUAUCAUUAAGUCUGCAAUAUGUACUCUACUAACUAGCCAGAACAUGACUUUUUUCCUGACAAAUUAUUGUACUACUGGUACUGUAUAUUGUUUCAAGUUCACAUUAUUCUAAUGACAAAAGGCCUUAAGAGGACUCUUAUAAUUUUAAAGCCAAUUAAUGUUUUAUGUUUAUAUAUACGGAACUUUUGAUUUUUUAAACUCAUUUUUUAAUUCAAAAUGAUUACAAAAUUGUGUCUUUUUAAAGAUUGUUGGAAAGUGGACUAUAUCUAUGAGUUGUUUCUGUGUGAUACAAUGUGAGCAUGUGUUUUAAGCAUAAACAGUAGUUAAUUAAAUUAAAUUUAAUUUCAAUUGGAGAACGUCUUCGCAUGAUAAGUGUAACGUAGUGCAAUUAACUGUAGGAAUCCAGGGAUGGUUGGAGAGAUGAAAGUGUAAAAAUUUAAAUAUUUUGUGUGCUGUAAGAAAAUAUGAACAUUUUAUUUCAAGAAGCCAAUAGAAAUGUUCCUUUUCAAAUUCAUUAUAAUAAGAA